AUGUCUGAAGAAGAGGAGUUUAAACAAUUCGAUGAAGAAAACGAUACAUACAAAGUCGGGGAGAAGAAGACUGUAGAAGAAUACAAAAACUUAGAUGCUGAUGAUGAGGCGUUAAGAAAAUGGAAAGAUUCUUUAGGAUUGGGAGGUGAUGUUUUACCAUUGGAACAUCCUGGGGAUGAACGUCGUGUGGUGAUCCAGAAGAUUCAGUUGAUCGUUGACACAGAACCAGCGCCAAUUACGUUUGAUUUGACAAACGAGAAGACUUUGAAAGACCUGGCCUCAAAGAGAUACAAGAUCAAAGAAAAAUCUAUUUACCAUUUGAAGAUCACUUUCAAGGUUCAACACGAAAUUAUUACUGGCUUAAGAUACGUGCAAUACACCAAAAAGGCAGGCAUUGCAGUUGAUAAGAUUGAUGACCACUUGGGUUCGUAUGCUCCAAAUACCACAAAGAACCCAUUUUAUGAGGUGGAAUUGCCUGAAUCUGAAGCGCCAAGUGGUUUCCUUGUUCGCGGGAAUUAUUCUGCAGUCUCAAAGUUCAUAGAUGAUGAUAAGAACAACCAUUUGACUUUGAAUUGGGGUGUUGAAAUUGUGAAAAGGUGA